AUAAGAUAAGUCCAGAGGAAGUACCUGAUAUCCAAAGUAUUGCACCAGAUGUAGAAAUAGGCUAUAUACUUGAAGUUGAUUUAGAAGUUCUGAUGCACUUGUAUGAUUACUUUGCAGAUUAUCUUUUAGUAUCAGAAAAGCAGAUAAUAUCAAAAAACUGGCUUAGUCUAUACAAUAAAAUAUUAGUACAUGAUAAAAAUGUUGGAGAAGAAAAAUAUGUAUCUGGAGAAAAGCUAGUUCAAACACUUUUUACUAAGAAGAAUUAUAUAUCUCCAUGGAUGAAGGAAUAUAUUGAGGAAAAUAUUCGUAAAUGCAAAAUAGCUAAAGCAAAUAAGAAUAAGUUUGGAGUCAU